AUGACAUACUCAACAAAAAUCAGGAAUAUUGUGGAUGAUGCCGAAGAUUAUGUUUCGCCUGUACGAAACAAUCAUGUGCCAAGAAUUGAUGUGAGUUGUGUUUAGAUUAUUUCAGAAACCUGGUUAAAACAGCGCUGUCCGUUAAUUUUCAUCGAAUUUUUCGAAUAUAAAAUUCAAAAUGCUGAAGACUCUCUCCGAGCUGAACAUAUUAAAAAUGUUCAUUUUUGAUCGCGUUCAAGCUUCCGAUCGUUUAAGUUCGAAUAAUAUAAUUUUUUCCAGCCAGCGUUCAUUCAAUUAUGUUCGGAGAUUUUGGAUAGUUUUUCUGCGAUACUGGCCCGUCUGGUUGGUUUUUUCAUUCUGUUUUUAUUCAUUUUUUAAAUUUUCAGUCAGAAACUGCAAACCGCGGAAACAAUUUUCUACACGAAAUGAUUGCAGAAGUGGAUAAUGAUAUCAGAAAUGCUAGAACCUUUUUAUUAAAUGAGGGAAAUGCCGAUUAUGUUGUGAGUUUGAAUAGAUAUUGAACUGAACACUGAACAUGUUUCAGACAUCAUUGAUUCGUCUCCUUCACACAAUCCGAUCGAAGUAUUACCGCUUGGCCAAGUUUCAUGCAUAUUUUUUCAUCUUGGAACACAUAUCAAGAAGUAUUUAG